ACUAGGUAAAUACAUCAAAAAAAAAAAAAGCAUCCAUCCAUGUCUAAAAAUCGAGAACUAACAAGCAUCCUUCUAUAAUCACCAUAUCAUUUAAUCCACCAUCAUCAAAUCAUCACUAUUUACACCGUCCAUUUAUGAUUUGAAUAGAUAUUAUUAUGGUCGCUUUAGGUUUGCCUGCUGACGUUAGUGCCUCUGCCGAUGGUACCCGUAGAUUGUUCAACAAGUGGUCUUAUGAGGAUGUUGAAGUUAAGGACAUCUCUCUCCAAGAUUACAUUCAAAUCCGUCAACAAGUCUACUUGCCUCACACUGCUGGUCGUUUCGCUGUCAAGCGUUUCCGUAAGGCUCAGUGUCCCAUUGUUGAACGUUUAACCAAUGCUUUGAUGAUGACUGGUCGUAACAACGGUAAGAAGUUGAUGGCCGCUCGUAUUGUUCAACAUGCCUUCGAGAUUGUUCACUUGUUGACUGAUGCCAACCCUCUUCAAAUCCUUGUUGACUCCAUCAUCAACUGUGGUCCCCGUGAAGAUUCUACUCGUAUCGGUUCUCAAGGUACUGUCCGUCGUCAAGCUGUCGAUGUCUCUCCUCUUCGUCGUGUCAACCAAGCCAUCUCCUUGUUGACCACUGGUUGUCGUGAGUCUGCUUUCCGUAACGUCAAGACCGUUGCUGAAUGUCUCGCUGAUGAGUUGAUUAACGCUGCCAAGGGUUCUGCUAACUCUUAUGCCAUUAAGAAGAAGGAUGAACUUGAACGUGUUGCCAAGUCUAACCGUUAAAUUGUGUCAUUCUACAAUUUUAUCUGGCUUAUGGAGAGACAUUAUAUACACCCUUUAUUUUGAUUGAUGAAAUAAAUAGCUACCAAAAAUUAAUGAAAACCUUGU